CUACUCCACUCUGUCCUCGUUGUCAUUAUUGAUCUUCGUCUUGGUCGCCCUCCCUUCGCCUGCGCUCGCGCAGCAGCAACCCGCCGCUCCCUCCGGCUGGCCGUCGUCCGUCCCGCUCCCGGCGCCCGCAAAUUCUUCCUCCCCCCUCGACAUGGCGUCCUGCCCUUCGGUCAAGAACAUCCUCGUGCUGGACGCGGAGGGGAAGCGCGUGGCCGUCAAGUACUAUGCCGAUGACUGGCCCUCCGCGUCCUCCAAGCUGGCUUUCGAGAAGUCGCUCUUCGUGAAGACCCAGAAGACCAGCGCCAGAGCAGAGGCUGAUGUGGUAAUGUUCGAUGGCUACAUCAUUGUGUACAAGUUCAUCCAAGAUCUCCAUUUUUUUGUAACUGGAGGAGAUGAGGAGAAUGAGCUCAUUUUAGCGUCAGUUCUUCAGGGAUUUUCUGAUGCUGUUGGCAUUCUUCUCAGAAACAAUGUAGACAAAAGGACCGCACUUGAAAAUCUGGAUCUCAUCUUUUUGUGCCUUGACGAAGUUGUUGAUGGAGGGAUUGUUCUGGAAACAGAUGGAAAUGUGAUAGCCGAGAAGGUGUCAGGCCAUGGAUUGGAAGGAGCUGGGUCGUUCACUGAGCAGACGAUAAGCCAAGCCCUAGCGACAGCAAGAGAGCACUUCGCGAGGUCUCUUCUGAAGUAGUGUGUGUAGGCAUCUUUCGGGUUGGCGAUGCGCCCAGCAUUGAACUCGUGUGUUUCCUCUUGUAGCACAGUGCACCUAGUUUGCAAGAAAGAAAGAAAGAGCGAGAAAAUGACUUGAAUCUUUGCACGUGAGUUCGUUCGUUCGUCUAUUGUUGUGGUGCUCGUCGACAUUUUGUCGCAGAGAUGUACUCCCUCCGUUCGAAAUUACUUGUCUUGAAAAUGGAUGUAUCUAGAACUAAAAUUCCGAACGGAGGGAGUAUGUGCGGCCUAAGUGCCUAACUGGUUACCAGAUUCCCUUCUAAGGUCUGUAUAAGAAACUUGUGAUGGUGCAGUCGUUGGUCUUGUUGUCUCACCUCUCUUUUGGUGCAUAAUAAUAAUCCAGCAGCAGCCCAUGAUGC